GGAGAGAAGAAAGCUUAAAUAGACGCAUUGAGCACAUCUGUACCUCACCAAAAGUCGAGAGAGAGAGAGAGAGAGCAGUCUUUUUGAUAGCAAUUCUCGAAUUCGAUUCCGAAGCAAUCCAUGGCUGAAAUUGCGAAGGAAGUGAACGGUGGCGAUGCUAGGGAUCUCCACUCGCUUCUCUCUUCUCCGGCGAGGGAUUUCCUCAUUCGUAAAAACGGCGAACAGGUGAAAAUUGACAGCUUGAAAGGGAAGAAGAUUGGGUUGUACUUCUCAGCUGCGUGGUGCGGACCAUGUCAGCGUUUCACUCCCCAGCUGGUGGAAAUAUACAACGAACUCUCUUCCAAAGUUGGUUUCGAGGUUGUCUUUGUCUCAGGGGAUGAGGAUGAAGACUCCUUUAAAGACUACUUCUCCAAGAUGCCGUGGCUCGCUGUCCCCUUUACUGAUUCCGAAACCCGUGACCGCUUGGAUGAGGUUUUUAAGGUGAGGGGGAUUCCCAACCUGGUGAUGAUUGAUGACGAGGGUAAACUUGUGAAUGAGAAUGGUGUUGGUGUCAUUCGAAGCUAUGGAGCUGAUGCUUAUCCUUUCACACCCGAGAAAAUGAAGGAGAUCAAAGAGGAAGAGGAGAGAGCGAGGAGAGAGCAGACUUUGAAGUCUGUCUUGGUGACUCCUUCUCGGGACUUUGUCAUUACUCGAGAUGGAAACAAGGUACCUGUAUCGGAACUCGAAGGGAAAACCAUCGGCCUUCUCUUCUCGGUGGCAUCUUACAGGCAAUGUAAGGAGUUUACUUCCAAGCUUGAAGAGGUCUAUAAGAAGUUGAAGGAGAAUAACGAGGAUUUUGAGAUUGUGCUCAUAUCUCUUGAAGAUGAUGAGGAUGCUUUUAAGCAGGACUUUGACACCAACCCAUGGCUGGCGUUGCCGUUCAAUGACAAAAGCUCGUCGAAGUUGACUAGGCACUUCAUGCUGUCUACGCUACCGACCUUGGUCAUUCUCGGACCCGAUGGAAAGACCCGCCACUCGAAUGUUGCUGAAGCUAUUGAUGACUAUGGAGUUGUUGCUUAUCCUUUCACUCCGGAGAAGUUUGAAGAACUCAAGGCGAUAGAGAAGGCAAAGCUAGAGGCUCAAACACUCGAGUCUCUUCUUGUCUCGGGUGAUCUCAACUACGUUCUCGGAAAAGAUGGGGCUAAGGUGCUUGUGUCUGAGCUGGUGGGGAAGAACAUUCUUUUGUACUUCUCAGCUCACUGGUGUCCUCCAUGUCGCGCUUUUACACCAAAGCUUGUGGAAGUUUACAAGCAGAUAAAGGAGAAGGAUGAAGCGUUUGAGCUCAUCUUCAUCUCCAGUGACCGGGACCAGGAAUCGUUCGAUGAGUACUACUCGCAGAUGCCGUGGCUGGCUCUUCCAUUUGGUGAUCCUAGGAAAACGUCUUUGGCACGAACCUUUAAGGUCGGUGGCAUCCCCAUGCUAGCGGCUCUCGGACCAACUGGGAAGACCGUUACUAAAGAAGCAAGGGACCUCGUGGGAGCCCAUGGAGCUGAUGCUUACCCAUUUACUGUGGAACGUGUGAAGGAGAUUGAAGCCAAGUACACUGAGAUGGCAAAAGAGUGGCCUGAGAAGGUGAAACAUGCUCUUCAUGAAGAACAUGAGCUAGAGCUGACUCGCGUUCCGGUUUACAUAUGUGAUCAGUGUGAUGAAGAAGGGCAAAUCUGGUCUUACCAUUGUGACGAGUGCGACUUCGAUCUUCAUGCCAAGUGUGCUUUGAAAGAGGAUGCCAACAUAAACGGCGAUGAUGCUGUGAAAGAAGGUGGUGGCGAGCCCCAAGAUGGUUGGGUUUGUGACGGAAACGUGUGCACUAAGUCCUAAUAUACUGGUUCAGGCCCAGUUAUGUAUGCUGAGCUCAUUUUCUUUCCCUUGUAUAACAAAAUAAGAGUGAGAAAGUGUGGUGUCAAAACUGAGUACAAAUACUCGUUAUGUCUUACAUCCAUUGACGUCCCUUGCUUGUUUUAGUCUUGAAAUAUUCGUCUUUAUCAAA